CACAAUCCACGACGACCAACCUCAAUUCCAUCAUUCUUGCCGGAGCUCGAUACAGCGACGACGACGAUCACAAACACCCAAUUACAAUGGCCUCGCUUCGAACCACGCAGAGCGCAGCGCGCCUAAUGCGCUCGCCCCGUGUCGCUUUCGCGACUGCUCCUCGACGAUUCCAGAGCGGCGCCUCCACCUCCGCCACGCCUCCUGUACCGACCGGACCUGUCGACUCGAACCAGCCAGACUACAGCAUUGCUCCCGAUAAGGCGACUUCGACAUUCACCCCCGUACCAAAGAAGGUCCAGGAUGGCAGCGAGGAAGAGAUUCUUCCUGCGGCUGUCUUGUCCGGUGCACCUCUGGAACUCCAGGCCCGUACUGUUCGCAUCUACAAGGAGGCCAAGCCUGCUACUCAAUCGGGAAACUGGCGUGGUGAACACUGGCGAAUGGACUGGGACAUCCUUCCAAAGGGCCACCGCUGGGAGAAUCCUCUCAUGGGCUGGCAAUCAUCCGGCGACGUGAUGCAGGGCACCAACAUCCACUUCCACAGCAAGGACGAUGCCAUCAUGUUCGCAGAGAAGCAGGGAUACGAGUAUUUCGUGCAAGAGCCGAACUCCCGGAAGAUCACGCCAAAGGCAUACGCCAACAACUUCCUUUACUCUGCGAGGAAGCUCAAGCAUAUUCGAACAAAGUGAUUGAGGGGAAUCAAUUCAAGGGCAAAUGUACAUAUACCAUGAAGAAGGCAAUUGCAAUUCCACGUGUUGAGGAUACAA